AUGCCGGUCACGGCAAAGCAGAUGGAAUACCUGGCCAGAGCCUGGCAAUGUUUCACCGAAGAGCCGAAGAUUGACUGGGAGAAAUUCCGCUCUCUCUCAAAUCUCACCACAGUAGCUUCCGCCCGCGAAACGCUCCGUCAAGCGAAGAAGAAGCUCAAGGAUGAGCAUGGCGACAGUGCAAUAACCCUGCCCAUUUCUCCCGACGACAAACCUGUCACGCGAAAGACGACCUCGAGAGUGAAACCUACCGACAAGAGCUCCGGCACAGGUAAUGAAGAGACCAGCGAUAUCGAACCCGCCGUCGCCGUCAACAAGAAACCUGCUCGAGGCCGAAAGCGAUCUGCUACUGCGGCCGCAAAAGGCAGAGGCACCAGCAAUGAAGCAGACGACGAUGAUCUCGGCCUCGAAGACGUCAAUGAAGAGAUCUCUGUCAAGCCUGCGAAGAAAGCAAGGAAGACUCCCGUCAAGGCUGGCAAAGCUGGCCCCAAACCUGCCUUCGUUAAGGGACGAGGAAACGGCAGAAAGAAGGCCGCUGAGAGAAUCGAUGAAGUGAUGGAUUCGAAGAUCCACAUCAAGGCUGAAGCGACCGAGAGUGGUCAGGAGGAGGAUGAAGAAGAAGAAGAAGAAGAUGCUGAAGACGAGGAAGGGAAAUCACAUUAUGAGGAUGCGAUCGAACAGAAUGAAACACACGGGAACGAUUCUGAGGCCGAGGAGGACGACAGCGUUGCGCGCGAGGCCGAGCCAAGUUCGCCGAUUGUCUAUGAAUUUGAGCCUUUGUGA